CUAUGCAAAAAAGGAAGCUGAUCUUAAUGGACUCCAACUCAGAAUUCAAGAAUUUCAAGCAGUCCUUCAUUCUAAAGAAGUUGCACUAUCCACAGCCCUUGAUGAUAAGAAAAAUCUGGAGAGAAGAAUUGAUGAUUUAAGAGUUGAGGUUGUACAGCUUCAAGCCUCUUCAACAGCUGCCAAGGAACAGCUUGCAAAUGAAACCUUACUGAAGGUGGAUCUUGAAAACCGUUGUCAACGUCUCACUGCGGACUUGGAAUUUCAUAAACAUAUGUAUGAGGAGGAAAUCAAAGAAGCAAGAAAGAAAUAUGAAACUCACGCAGGUGACCCUCGAUCUGGGCAUCAGUGUGAAUGUGACUAUAAACUGACCCAAGCCCUUCAUGAGCUGAGAGCACAGCAUGAUGUACAAAUGAAAAUGUACAAAGAAGAGCUUACACAGAAUUACAAUGCCAAACUUGAGAGUGCUAUAUUGAUCUCUGAGAGGAGAAGUUCUGCAGCCAAAUCAGUAAGAGAAGAACUGAGUCAAAGUCAGGCGCAAAUUGAUAAUCUGUCUUCCAAUAUCAACAGCCUUCAGAAAGAGUCUAGAGCAUUGCAAAAUAGAGUGCAAGAGCUUGAGGAGAACCUGGCCAAGGAACGGGAAAAGUAUCGCAAAAUACUGUUUGAGAAAGAUCAAGAAAUGACAAUGAUCAGAAAUCGGAUGGGGGAGCAGCUGAAUGACUAUGAACAACUUCUGGAUGUUAAACUGGCACUUGAUACGGAAAUCAGUGCGUACCGGAAAUUGUUGGAGAGUGAAGAUGAGAGAUUGAAACAUUCUCAAUCUUCCCAAGUGGCAGUUUCAAUGAGCCGUAGUGUGCAUACAACCAGCAAGAAGAGGAAGAGGAUUGAUAUGGAUGAAUCUGAAGCCAGCAGUAGUAUUAGCAUUUCCCACUCAGCUUCUGCCACUGGAAAUGUCUCCAUUGAGCAGAUAGACAUUGAUGGAAAAUUCAUCAUCUUGAAGAACACCUCUGGACAGGAUCAACCUAUGGGAGAAUGGGAGAUGAUCCAAAAAAUAGGAGACACUUCAGCUAGUUACAGAUAUUCACCAGAAUACGUACUACAGGCAGGCCAAAACGUCACAGUCUGGGCUGCAAAUGCUGGAGUAACUGCUAGCCCUCCCACUGACCUCAUCUGGAAGAACCGGAAUUCUUGGGGCACUUGUAGAGAUGUGAAAGUUGUACUGAAAAAUUCCCAGGGAGAGGAGGUUGCUCAGAGAAGCAUUGUCUUUGAAAGCGCUGUAUGUGAAGGGGAAGAGGAGGCACUUGAGGAAGAAGUAGUUGAAACUUCAUCAGAAGACGACCUUUACCACCACGAG